AUGUAUCAAUUAAGGUUACUUAGGAACAUAUAUUUGAAAUGUCUUAUCACUUUUUCAAUGAAAGGAACCACUAGUUUUCUAUUUCGUACUUUUUCUAGUUUAGUGAAUACAUUGAUACCAAAAAUCCAAUCAAUAUAAAAAUAAAAAAGUAAUGACUAUUUUUAAAGAGUUUUGUAUCUUUAUCUGCACAAGCAUGAUAUUCCAUUUCUUCGAAGCUGUCAUUUUCGUCUUUUACAUUUUAGUAAUAGCAUUUAUUUGUGUAUAUAAAUGAGUUUUACUUGCAUUCAGCUAUUUACUUUAGUUCCUAGUACGAGCACUCACGACAUGAGUCUAAUAGAAUGCAAUUUACUUAUUUAUAUUCUUCAGAAUCAACAUUUACUUAAUCUUCGCUCUUUCCUUCGCAAAAAAUGA